CGAGAAGACGGCAACGAGAAGACGGCAACGAGAAGACGGCAACGAGAAGACGGCAACGAGAAGACGGCAACGAGAAGACGGCAACGAGAAGACGGCAACGAGAAGACGGCAACGAGAAGACGGCAACGAGAAGACGGCAACGAGAAGACGGCAACGAGAAGACGGCAACGAGAAGACGGCAACGAGAAGACGGCAACGAGAAGACGGCAACGAGAAGACGGCAACGAGAAGACGGCAACGAGAAGACGGCAACGAGAAGACGGCAACGAGAAGACGGCAACGAGAAGACGGCAACGAGAAGACGGCAACGAGAAGACGGCAACGAGAAGACGGCAACGAGAAGACGGCAACGAGAAGACGGCAACGAGAAGACGGCAACGAGAAGACGGCAACGAGAAGACGGCAACGAGAAGACGGCAACGAGAAGACGGCAACGAGAAGACGGCAACGAGAAGACGGCAACGAGAAGACGGCAACGAGAAGACGGCAACGAGAAGACGGCAACGAGAAGACGGCAACGAGAAGACGGCAACGAGAAGACGGCAACGAGAAGACGGCAACGAGAAGACGGCAACGAGAAGACGGCAACGAGAAGACGGCAACGAGAAGACGGCAACGAGAAGACGGCAACGAGAAGACGGCAACGAGAAGACGGCAACGAGAAGACGGCAACGAGAAGACGGCAACGAGAAGACGGCAACGAGAAGACGGCAACGAGAAGACGGCAACGAGAAGACGGCAACGAGAAGACGGCAACGAGAAGACGGCAACGAGAAGACGGCAACGAGAAGACGGCAACGAGAAGACGGCAACGAGAAGACGGCAACGAGAAGACGGCAACGAGAAGACGGCAACGAGAAGACGGCAACGAGAAGACGGCAACGAGAAGACGGCAACGAGAAGACGGCAACGAGAAGACGGCAACGAGAAGACGGCAACGAGAAGACGGCAACGAGAAGACGGCAACGAGAAGACGGCAACGAGAAGACGGCAACGAGAAGACGGCAACGAGAAGACGGCAACGAGAAGACGGCAACGAGAAGACGGCAACGAGAAGACGGCAACGAGAAGACGGCAACGAGAAGACGGCAACGAGAAGACGGCAACGAGAAGACGGCAACGAGAAGACGGCAACGAGAAGACGGCAACGAGAAGACGGCAACGAGAAGACGGCAACGAGAAGACGGCAACGAGAAGACGGCAACGAGAAGACGGCAACGAGAAGACGGCAACGAGAAGACGGCAACGAGAAGACGGCAACGAGAAGACGGCAACGAGAAGACGGCAACGAGAAGACGGCAACGAGAAGACGGCAACGAGAAGACGGCAACGAGAAGACGGCAACGAGAAGACGGCAACGAGAAGACGGCAACGAGAAGACGGCAACGAGAAGACGGCAACGAGAAGACGGCAACGAGAAGACGGCAACGAGAAGACGGCAACGAGAAGACGGCAACGAGAAGACGGCAACGAGAAGACGGCAACGAGAAGACGGCAACGAGAAGACGGCAACGAGAAGACGGCAACGAGAAGACGGCAACGAGAAGACGGCAACGAGAAGACGGCAACGAGAAGACGGCAACGAGAAGACGGCAACGAGAAGACGGCAACGAGAAGACGGCAACGAGAAGACGGCAACGAGAAGACGGCAACGAGAAGACGGCAACGAGAAGACGGCAACGAGAAGACGGCAACGAGAAGACGGCAACGAGAAGACGGCAACGAGAAGACGGCAACGAGAAGACGGCAACGAGAAGACGGCAACGAGAAGACGGCAACGAGAAGACGGCAACGAGAAGACGGCAACGAGAAGACGGCAACGAGAAGACGGCAACGAGAAGACGGCAACGAGAAGACGGCAACGAGAAGACGGCAACGAGAAGACGGCAACGAGAAGACGGCAACGAGAAGACGGCAACGAGAAGACGGCAACGAGAAGACGGCAACGAGAAGACGGCAACGAGAAGACGGCAACGAGAAGACGGCAACGAGAAGACGGCAACGAGAAGACGGCAACGAGAAGACGGCAACGAGAAGACGGCAACGAGAAGACGGCAACGAGAAGACGGCAACGAGAAGACGGCAACGAGAAGACGGCAACGAGAAGACGGCAACGAGAAGACGGCAACGAGAAGACGGCAACGAGAAGACGGCAACGAGAAGACGGCAACGAGAAGACGGCAACGAGAAGACGGCAACGAGAAGACGGCAACGAGAAGACGGCAACGAGAAGACGGCAACGAGAAGACGGCAACGAGAAGACGGCAACGAGAAGACGGCAACGAGAAGACGGCAACGAGAAGACGGCAACGAGAAGACGGCAACGAGAAGACGGCAACGAGAAGACGGCAACGAGAAGACGGCAACGAGAAGACGGCAACGAGAAGACGGCAACGAGAAGACGGCAACGAGAAGACGGCAACGAGAAGACGGCAACGAGAAGACGGCAACGAGAAGACGGCAACGAGAAGACGGCAACGAGAAGACGGCAACGAGAAGACGGCAACGAGAAGACGGCAACGAGAAGACGGCAACGAGAAGACGGCAACGAGAAGACGGCAACGAGAAGACGGCAACGAGAAGACGGCAACGAGAAGACGGCAACGAGAAGACGGCAACGAGAAGACGGCAACGAGAAGACGGCAACGAGAAGACGGCAACGAGAAGACGGCAACGAGAAGACGGCAACGAGAAGACGGCAACGAGAAGACGGCAACGAGAAGACGGCAACGAGAAGACGGCAACGAGAAGACGGCAACGAGAAGACGGCAACGAGAAGACGGCAACGAGAAGACGGCAACGAGAAGACGGCAACGAGAAGACGGCAACGAGAAGACGGCAACGAGAAGACGGCAACGAGAAGACGGCAACGAGAAGACGGCAACGAGAAGACGGCAACGAGAAGACGGCAACGAGAAGACGGCAACGAGAAGACGGCAACGAGAAGACGGCAACGAGAAGACGGCAACGAGAAGACGGCAACGAGAAGACGGCAACGAGAAGACGGCAACGAGAAGACGGCAACGAGAAGACGGCAACGAGAAGACGGCAACGAGAAGACGGCAACGAGAAGACGGCAACGAGAAGACGGCAACGAGAAGACGGCAACGAGAAGACGGCAACGAGAAGACGGCAACGAGAAGACGGCAACGAGAAGACGGCAACGAGAAGACGGCAACGAGAAGACGGCAACGAGAAGACGGCAACGAGAAGACGGCAACGAGAAGACGGCAACGAGAAGACGGCAACGAGAAGACGGCAACGAGAAGACGGCAACGAGAAGACGGCAACGAGAAGACGGCAACGAGAAGACGGCAACGAGAAGACGGCAACGAGAAGACGGCAACGAGAAGACGGCAACGAGAAGACGGCAACGAGAAGACGGCAACGAGAAGACGGCAACGAGAAGACGGCAACGAGAAGACGGCAACGAGAAGACGGCAACGAGAAGACGGCAACGAGAAGACGGCAACGAGAAGACGGCAACGAGAAGACGGCAACGAGAAGACGGCAACGAGAAGACGGCAACGAGAAGACGGCAACGAGAAGACGGCAACGAGAAGACGGCAACGAGAAGACGGCAACGAGAAGACGGCAACGAGAAGACGGCAACGAGAAGACGGCAACGAGAAGACGGCAACGAGAAGACGGCAACGAGAAGACGGCAACGAGAAGACGGCAACGAGAAGACGGCAACGAGAAGACGGCAACGAGAAGACGGCAACGAGAAGACGGCAACGAGAAGACGGCAACGAGAAGACGGCAACGAGAAGACGGCAACGAGAAGACGGCAACGAGAAGACGGCAACGAGAAGACGGCAACGAGAAGACGGCAACGAGAAGACGGCAACGAGAAGACGGCAACGAGAAGACGGCAACGAGAAGACGGCAACGAGAAGACGGCAACGAGAAGACGGCAACGAGAAGACGGCAACGAGAAGACGGCAACGAGAAGACGGCAACGAGAAGACGGCAACGAGAAGACGGCAACGAGAAGACGGCAACGAGAAGACGGCAACGAGAAGACGGCAACGAGAAGACGGCAACGAGAAGACGGCAACGAGAAGACGGCAACGAGAAGACGGCAACGAGAAGACGGCAACGAGAAGACGGCAACGAGAAGACGGCAACGAGAAGACGGCAACGAGAAGACGGCAACGAGAAGACGGCAACGAGAAGACGGCAACGAGAAGACGGCAACGAGAAGACGGCAACGAGAAGACGGCAACGAGAAGACGGCAACGAGAAGAAGGCAAGGGAAAGAUUCAGUGA